UAUCUUAAUGGUUGUGAAAUUGUAGUUUUAUAUAUAUUUGUAUUCUAAUGUUUUGGUUUUGCUGUUAUUGCAACAUUGUUAACCGCGUGUCCCCUGCACUGUUUGGAUGCCUGUUUGCUGUCACUGGUCUCAAGUCAGGUAUGUCAAACAAGUAGGGCUUCACCAUAAAAUGGAGGAAAGCAGAUGAGUCUCCAAGGAGAGCCCUGGAGUCAGACAGGCAGGAUCUCUCACGCCAGAACAAAGGUUUCCCUGAUUUUCCAGGGAGUGCUCCCUCUUUUCAGUAAUGGAGGUAUUGCAGUGUGACGGCUGUGACUUUCGUGCCGAGUCAUAUGAUGACUUGAAGACCCACAUUCAGGAAGUGCACACCGUUUUCCUGCAGCCUGCAGACGCAGAUGAGUCUGACUCUCUGAAAGAUGAGGAUGAAGAUGAGGAGGAAGAGGAGGAAUAUGAGGACAAGGAUGACAAGGAUUAUACGCCUCCUAAAGCUGGAAUGAGCCCCAUCUCUACUGACAAUUCCAACCAAACACAACAAAAGCAGACAGCUGAAACCCACCUGCCGUUUUAUCAGUGCAAGUUCUGUGUUCGUUACUUCAGAUCGAAGUCAUUCUUAAAAAAUCACACCAAAAAAGUGCAUAAUGUUGUAGAGGAAGAUUCAGAUGCAAGUAUCUCCUCCCAGACAGCUAAGCGGUCCAGCUACACCGUUAUAAUGCACAAUGACCAUUCAAAGGUGUAUUCUUGUCAGUACUGCACAUACCAGUCUCCACGCAAAGCAAGGAUAAUGAAACACCAACUAAUGUAUCAUAGCAAGGUUCCCUCUGAGAGCGCUGGAGAUCCUUCAGAAUACGCAGAGACCACGGAGGAAUCGGACUCAGCCAUUGUACUCACGAAGGGAACAUUUGCCUGCGAAUGGUGUGACUAUCAGACUGACCAGAAGGACAGCUGGACUAAUCACGUGGUGAAGGAACACAGUGACAAGGUCAAGAUAGUUUCUUCUAUUGCGGAGCUGGAAGGGGAGUCAAGUGCAAGCUCACCCAAACCAGAUUCUCCCUCUGCUUCCCGAAGCCCGACUAGAUCAAGGAUGAGUUCAACUGACGUUUGUGAAAAGGAAGAGCCGGUAGGAAAAACAGACGAAAACGUGUCAGAGAAGACAGUCCCAGAGAUCUCUACCUUUCAAUAUGCACAGAUUCGUGCAGUAACACCCAACAGCACAGGUUCCUCCAUUUUGUCCAAGAGGUUUGCUUCAGCUGACAUCUCCAAUAGUGUCGUAGGCAUGGAUGCCAAUUUAUUUAAUGAGGAGGACUCUCGUAGCAGCUUAGAGGAUGAUGAUGAGGAAGAGUUGGGCGACAUAGAUGAUCCUAGCUAUACUGGGACCCUGUCUGCAGAUGCAAAGCAGCUUUUAACUGAUGAGGACAAUAAAUUACUGGAGACUAAAGGAAUACCAUUUAGAAAGUACAUGAACCGUUUUCAGUGCCCCUUCUGCUCCUUCCUCACCAUGCACAGGCGGAGCAUCUCCCGCCACAUUGAAAACAUUCACCUUUCUGGUAAAACCACAGUGUAUAAAUGUGAUGAAUGCCCGUUUAUUUGCACCAGCCCUCUUAAACUAGGCACGCACAAACAGAGCCACAUAUCCUCAGAUUUAGACACCAUGGACUUAACAAGCGAUAGUCCAGAUCCUCACAAUGAAAACGCUACAGAGCCAGUUAACGGAGGUAAUGUAAGCUCCAAAGUCAAUGGAAAAAAGAUAACCAGCACACCGAACGAGCAGCAGAACCCUCAUCGCUGCACGCUCUGCAGCUUCUCUACCACCACUCUGAAAGGUCUGAGGGUUCACCAGCAGCACAAGCAUUCCUACUGUGAUGACCUAGAUCCCACUGUCUUUGAAAGCCAGCUGACUGACCAGACCGACUCUGAAAUAGAUGCUUCUCCAAUCUUUCUACAAAAAACCCAGACCUCCAUUUUAGGACUUGCCACCAAAAAGCCCUUAGUAACAGGGAAAAGAGCCAGGAAGUCCAUUAAUGACUUGCCUUUGGAUUUGUCCUCGGUUAAGAAGAGAACUAGAAUUGAUGAAAUUGCCAGUAACCUUCAAAGUAAGAUAAGCCAAAGCCAACAGGACAUGAUCAUAAACCUAGAUGACAUGGAUGAUGAAGAUGCAGGAGAAAAUCACACCAGUUCUGAUAAAGAGGGUAGAAACCAUGACAAUAAAAACCAUGUCUUCAAUUAUAACACACAACAGCUUCAUGCAAGAGAAUCAAUGAUCUCUCACGAGGGAGGCAGAAUAGGGAAAAGAAAAAGCAACCCUAAGUCAAAAACUAGAAACCUUCCUAUAUCACUGACUCUCUCAGAUGAUAGUGAAAACAUCUCUGCUGAACCCAGCGACAAUGCCAUUCAAGAGAACACUGAUUAUUCAGAGGAACCGGGAACUACACGUUUCUACUGUAAACACUGUGAUUACCACAACAAAUCAGCUCGCAGCGUUAGCACCCAUUACCAGAGGAUGCAUCCUUACAUCAAGUUCAGCUUUAAGUACAUCCUGGACCCCGAGGACCAGAGUGCGGUCUUCCGCUGCUUAGAGUGCUACAUCGAAUACACAAAUUACAACGAUCUGCACCAACACUACAUGGAUCACCACCCUGAAGCAAGCAAUGUGCUGAACUUCAACCAACCAAAUCUGGUAUACAUGUGCCGCUUUUGUUCAUACACAAGCCCCAAUGUCAGGAGCCUAAUGCCCCAUUACCAAAGAAUGCACCCUACAGUAAAAAUCAACAAUGCUAUGAUCUUCUCCAGCUAUGUAGUGGAGCAGUCCCAUAAAACGGGUGAAUCACAAACCCUGAGGGAAAUAUUAAACUCUGGCCCCAAGAAUUUGAACUCGGCCACAUCAACCCCCAGGUCAUCCUCCAGCCCAGUGCUGAAAACGGUCUCUAAGACCCCUGAAGCCAGUGCUGAGACAGAACCUCUCAAAGAAUCUGUGGGUGGCAAUGUUGUCGUCUAUGAUUGUGAUGUGUGUUCUUUUGCUAGCCCCAACAUGCACUCCGUUUUGGUCCACUAUCAGAAGAAACACCCAGAGCAAAAGGCGUCUUAUUUCCGUAUACAGAAAACCAUGAAGGUCAUCUCGGUGGAUCAAUCGCAGUCUGUUGCAAACUCUUCAUAUAAUCUUAGCAUGGCUGCGCCUCCAAAACAACCAAGCGCAGAGCUGUAUGGAUCAGAUGAAGAAAUGUACUACUGUAAACAUUGCGUGUACAGCAACAGAUCUGUUGUUGGUGUGUUGGUCCAUUAUCAAAAGAGACACCCAGAAGUAAAAGUGACAGCAAAAUAUAUCAAACAUGGCGCCCCCACCCCUGGUUUGAUGAAAUUAAUGGAUGAAUUGCAAAUUGCGGCUCCUAAACAGUUUUUGAAGCAGUUUCAAAAUAAUGGUCACGAUGGAUCUAACAACACAAGCCCUAAACCAGGAAGUGGUGAGAAAGGUGAAGACGAGCUGUUCUUUUGUCAGCAAUGUGAUUAUGGCAACCGCACUGUAAAAGGAGUGCUUAUUCAUUACCAGAAGAAGCAUAGGGAAACCAAGGCCAACGCUGACCUUGUGCGUCGUCACACUGCAGUUGUCCGUAGUCAGCGCGAGCGUGCACAGAUGGUUCAGUCAAGCAGUGUCUCUUCAGCCUUGAUCCCAGCCCCACCAGACCCUGAAAACACUACGCCCCUGCGCUCCCUGAAGUGCAGACACUGUUCCUACACAUCCCCCUAUAUCUAUGCCCUAAAGAAGCAUCUGAAGAAAGAGCACCCCACUGUGAAAGCCACAGCUAUGACCAUUUUACACUGGGCUUACCAAGAUGGCAUUCUAGAGGCUGGCUACCACUGUGAGUGGUGCAUUUACUCCCACGCUGAACCCCAAGGCCUGCUGCUCCAUUACCAAAGACGCCAUCCAGAGCACAAUGUUGAUUACACAUACAUGGCCAGCAAGCUAUGGGCUGGUCCGGAGACCACUCAACAAGGAGGCAAUAUGGAAACUAAACAUUACAAAUGCAGAGACUGUGCCUUUGAGGCCUGUACAAUAUGGGACAUCACUAGUCACUAUCAGGCAGUCCACCCUUGGGUCAUUAAAGGGGAUGAAUCUGUGCUUUUGGAUAUUAUCAAAGGAAAUGGCUCAGCUGAAAAGAUCCACCAGCAGGUUGCCAAAGAACAUGCGUCUUUCGAUUGCCAGUCUGUUGAAGAUGAUGGACCACUGGUCAUUGUCACUACACCUCAAGAAAGCAAUCCCCCUCCUCCCCACCCACGCCUUUCCAUCUCUAACAAUCCUUAUCAGUGCACUGUUUGUCUGUCAGAGUACAACAGUCUCCAUGGCCUCCUCACUCACUAUGGAAAGAAGCACCCAGGUAUGAAAGUAAAAGCUGCAGAUUUUGCACAGGAGGCAGACAUCAACCCCAGUUCUGUGUAUAAAUGUCGUCACUGUCCGUAUGUAAACUCCCGAAUCCACGGUGUCCUAACUCACUAUCAAAAGAGACACCCAUUAGUGAAAGUCACUGCAGAAGACUUUGCUGAUGAUAUAGAGCAAAUCCCUGACUUAAAUGAAGGAGACGACAAGUGCAAAACUCAAAGGCAAGGCUAUGGCGCAUACAGAUGCAAAAUGUGCCCAUACACACAUGGGACACUGGAGAAACUAAAAAUCCAUUAUGAGAAAUAUCACAAUCAGUCAGCUUCUGAAAUGUUCUCUUCCUCUGUGACAUAUUUCUCUCCUGGUAAAGAAACAGAGCCAGUAGCUGAAUGCAGUGCUGGUAAUAUAUCAAGCGCAGCAAAGGUCCAGGAGGUCAGUGAAUUGGACCUUGCCCACUCUGAGUUACCCAUCAAUAAGACAGAGAAACAUGCUAUAUUCAAGUGUCAGCUCUGCAAAUACUUUUGCUCCACCAGGAAAGGCAUUGCUCGUCACUACCGUAUCAAGCACAACAACGUCCGUGCUCAGCCAGAGGGUAAAAACAAUGUCUUCAAAUGUGCUCUGUGUUCUUACACAAACCCUAUACGCAAAGGUCUGGCAGCACACUACCAGAAGCGGCAUGAUAUUGAUGCCUAUUAUACCCAUUGCCUGGCUGCUUCCAAAACUAUGACCGAAAAGCCUAACAAAGUAAUCGCACCACCGCCGUCAGAAGGGGACAAUUCAGAAAUGAGUGAAGAGUUGCGUUUGGCUGUGGAGAGACGAAGGUGUUCUCUUUGCGCCUUCCAGGCCUUCAGCAGGAAGAGCAUUGUCUCACACUACAUUAAACGCCACCCCGGUGUCUUCCCCAAGAAGCAGCAUGCUAGCAAGCUUGGCCGCUACUUUACCGUUAUCUAUGCCAAAGAACCUGAAAAGAUUGCUGUCAGUUCAAUAGCAGAGGAUGACAAGGACGUGCUGGAGGUUCAGCUUGAAACCGAGCAGGACGGAGAGGUCGAAUGGCUGCCUUACAAGUGUCUAAAAUGCUUCCGCUUGUCCUUCAGCACAGGCGAACUGCUUUCUAUGCACUACAACGACCACCACAGCAGUGACUUGAAGAGGGACUUUGUGGUAUCGCCUGAUCACGGGGAUGAGGACUCUGAGUUGUACCAGUGUUCUCACUGUGAGCUGAAGUUCCUGGCUCUCCCGAUUCUGGCCAAACAUCUAUUGAACCACAAUGAGGAGUUUCAGAAGAGGGCCAUGAGGCUGGAGAGGAGGAGGCAGCUGCUCAGCAAACAGAAAGCCGCAGAACUGCCCGAGACCAAACCUGAGAAGGAAAGCCCUGUAAAUAAAGCACCCAUAGGAUUCAGGUGUAACUUCUGCAUAGAGAUGCACCCCACCCUCCGAGCCAUCUGCAACCACCUUCGGAAGCACGUCCAGUAUGGAGAGGUCAAAGAGGGACAUGUCAAGCAGGAAGUCAGCGAGGUCCCCCUGACCCUGCCUUCAGAGAGCCUGACUAACGGCGACCUCGAGGGGGAUGAAGCAGCUGAGUCUGAAGCCGAUGGCAUCGAGAGACCCGCGGCUACGAUGGUCGGUCAAUCCUUGGUUUCCACAGCUUCUGGUGGUGUUGCUGUUGCCGCUGAGCCACUGGAACCAAAAACGGAUGCUAUUGAAGGAAGGGCAGCAGCUCUCGUGGCUGCAGCGAGGGCCGUGGUAUCAGAGGGCGAACUGAAGCAGCGAUUAGCAGCAGGGGGUCACCCGUGUGCCCAGUGUGACCGAGUCUUUAUGUCCAUGCAGGGACUGAGGUCCCAUGAGAGGAGCCACUCAGCCAUGGCACUGUUCAGCAGAGAAGACAAAUACAGCUGCCAGUACUGCCAGUUCGUCUCACCGUUCAGACACAAUCUGGACAGACAUGUGCAGUCUCACCACGGACACCACAAGCCCUUCAAGUGCAAACUCUGCCCCUUUAAAUCUGCCUACGUGAGUCGCUUGAAGAGCCACCUGCAUAAGGCACACACAGGUGAGCAGUACACAUACAAGUGCUUGUCGUGCCCCUUCUCCUCUAUGACCAUCAGUCAGCUGAAGGAGCACUCUCUGAGAGACCAUGGUGAGGCCCUGACCCUCCCCAAACUCCGGGCUGCUACCCAGGCUGCUCAUGGCACCCUCAGGCCCUCACGGCUGGCCAGUAACACAGAGCAGACUCCCUUGGCCCCGGAUGAUCUAUCAUACCUAGAGGAGCCAGCGGAUGUUCGUCAGCAGCUUAGUCAUUACCAGCUAGCCUCCCGCAGUCAAAUGUCUUCCGGCUCAACACCUGGUGGCUCAACAGUGGCUGAUAAUCGACCAGACAGCAUCCUCACUUGUGAGUUCUGUGAGUUCAGCUCUGGAUACAUGCAGAGCCUGCGUCGGCACUACAGGGACCGCCACGGUGGCAAGAAGCUCUUCAAGUGCAAAGACUGUUCCUUUUUCACCUGCUACAAGAAUACCUUCACCAUGCAUGUGGAGGCCGGUCACAACAACAACAACAACAACAACAACAACAACAACAACGCACCUGACCACUUCUCUAAAGACCUGCGCUGCCCUCUCUGCCUCUACCACACAAAACACAAGAGCAAUAUGAUUGACCACAUUGUCCUGCACAGAGAGGAGCGUGUGGCUCCGUUGGAGGUCAGCCGCUCCAAGCUGUCGCGCCACCUGCAGGGCCUCAUAUUCCGUUGCCACAAAUGCACCUUCACAUGCUCCAGUGACCAGGCCCUGCAGCUGCACCUGCAGAAGCAUGCUGAGAUCAAACCCUACCAGUGCCAGCUCUGUUAUUACGAUAGCAGUCAAAGGAGCCAGCUAGAGGAGCAUCUGCGCCUUGAGCACAAGGUUAUUCGGAACUUCGAGCUGAUGGGCCGCGUCAACCUGGAACAGCUGGAGAUGAUGAAGGAACAAGGGAGCAGCGCAGAAGAGGAAGAAGAAAGAGACAUCUUGGAGAUGGUUGAAGAUGGGAAAGAAGUUGCAGAGGAGGAGGAUGACGAAGAUGAAAUGGAGAUUGUGGAGAACAUAGUGGAGGAACAGAGAGAGAUGGAUGAUGAAGAGAUAGAGGACAACAUCAAAGAGGAAGAGGAGGAGGAGGAAGAUAAAGAGGAAGUCAGGGAGGUGGAGGAGGAGAAGCCUGGCCUACAAGAGGUCCUUGCAUCUCCCACCAGCAGCAGCAGCUCUGCACCGAGCAACUCAGAGAAGCGUCUUCCCUGUGAGUUCUGUGGCCGCUGCUUUACCAACAGCCUCGAGUGGGAACGUCAUGUCCUUCGACAUGGCAUGAUGGUAAACAACAGUCAAAUGGACACCAGCACCACCUCCACAAUAGAAGCCUCAGCUUCAUCUUCCUCUGGCUCCGCCUCGGCCUUGAUGGACACAGGAUUGCACCUGUCCAGCAACAAGGAGGGGAACCCCGCUGAUCUGUCACUGAGAAGUCCAAGCCAGUAUGUGGAAGACAAAGAAAUGCUCAACACCAAAAAUGAUCAACAGUUUGGUUGAACUGAUUGUGGCCUCUUGUGCUAGAAACUGAUAACAUUGGGUAGGAUCAACACUGAGUUGGAUCUUUAAAUAGGAUGUCAAAGGAAACAAAAAGAUUAAAACUGAAAAAAAAGUGACUUCUUAUGAGUUGGCGCAUUACUAGAUUUUAGGUGUUACAUAUUUAAGUAUUAGAUUGUGCUGCAUAAAACGGCUGAGCUCUUUAAAUGGGCAGUCCCCUAGGACAGAUCUUAAUAUAUUGGUAACCAAUAGUGAACAGAACUCUUUAUUGCUGACAUUCUGGUCAAAUCUACAGUGAAAGAUCCCACCUAGAUAAAAACUAAGCUAUUUAUAAAGAAUGUUGUCCAAAAUGAUUAACUAAAUUUAGUGUUUUAUUAUUUGAAGCACCUUUUACACUCCCCCAAAACAGGGGUACUUUAAAUUUACCCAAAAUAAAUAAACAAGAUAUGAAAGCAUUUAAACCGUGGCCCACUGUAGAGCUUUUUCAUCUUAGCCUUGUGUUAAUUGUGUAGAAGUAUUCCUUGAGAAAGAGUCGCACCUUAUCUAUUUUAGUAAAACCACAAAUCAUGUUUUCUUCAUUUGUAGAAAUACUGACAAUUUCCCCAAUGUUUGUAGCAAAUUGCUAUAUUUUAGGUCCCUUAAUAUUAUACUACGUAUAAGCCUUCAGCCUGUGGCACCCUUUGCAUUUUGACUGUACUAUUUUAUCGUCCAGAUAUUUCACUGAUUAAAUCAUAAAAAUAAUGGGAUUAGUUUAAGUCUCCCAUCCCCGUAAGAUAUGAUAUCUUGUGAUGUUUGUAGUCCAGGUUAAACAAGAUCACAUUUGACCUAUGCACUCAGCAGAUCAUUAUAACAACAGAGAUAUGUGUCACAACUGUAUGCAUUUGACAUAGGUAUCUAUUAAUCUGAUCAUAGCAAAGGUUAGCCUGGAACAUAUAACUACAGGAUUUUACAACAGUGACGUGAUAUCUGUCACUGUGAUCAAUAGACCGAGAUUACACUUGUCUUUUCAGUGCAAAUUUAACAAUUGGAUCUGCCAGAGUCCAGCUCUGCACAUACUGUAUGUGCAUCCACAAAUGACAAUUUAAUGCAAAGUUUGGAGGAGGCUGACCACCACAGCUGAGUGUUGAAGCCAGUGUGCUAGUGCCUUAAAAUGCAGUUCCUCUAAUGGCCAAUAAAUGGCUUUAAUUGCUUUAAACGCACAAUAUGUAAUUUUCUGCCGCAAGGGUUCUCUUAAUCAAGAGAUGGAGUUUUUAGAGACGUCAUGAAGUAACUUGAGGAUGGGAUCAGGGGAGUUGUUGUCUUCACCACACGUCAUUGCAGUCAGCUUCUCACGGUUAGGAUUUCUUCAGUGUUCAUCGGGUUUUUACCGGGAGCUGAAUUAUCCUCAUAGGUAUCCUCCUCUCCAAAACAACAGAGCAGGUGAUUAAAACCAGUAAAAACACUGAAUAAAGCAGUUUCACAUUAAAAAUCAGUGUUUCUCUAAAGCUGUUUGGCGACAAAGGACGUCUCGGAGGGACUAUGAGCCGACCUGCCGCUAACGUUUACUCAGCUUGUUUCUCUGAAGAUCUAGUCUGAUGACUAAAAUCUUUCAUCCGGUUAAGAUAUAUAGUAAAAAAAAACAAGCAAGAUCUAAAAAGUGAAUAUUUAAAAUGUGGCUUAAAACUGGAUAAAAAAAUAUUUUAUGACAGCUUCUGGUAGACAACCACAACACUGCGCAAAUGUAACCUUGAUUAAAAUUACAGAUUUCUCUGGGUUUGAAAAUUGUUGGAACUAUAUAACAUAGGUCUUGUCAUUUUUAAACAUUUUAAUGCGGAAAAGUUACAUAUUAUGCCUUAAAAAAAGGUCAGCUGGUUUGAAGUAACCAGGAAAUCAAGUAUUUUCCCACAAUAAUUUAUAGCCUCAAAAUCUAAUUUCACUUCUUCUAAUGUGGGUCUUAGUGGCAAUUUUCACAGUCAUUGUUUAAGUAAGAUCAGAUUAGAUGAAAUUAGAUUUGACUUUAUUGUAAUUGCAGCAAUUCAGUGAGUACCAGUACAAAGAGAUGUGGUCUAGUGGUAUUUAGCCAUGGCAAUAGCUUUGGUUUAUUUGCCAAGGGGUUGAGAUAUCUGUCUCUGAGAUUUCUGUCGGUCCAAUGGAAGUGGUUGAAAUUUAAUUCACAGCAUUAAAGAAAAUGCAGUUUUCAUUGAAACUACUUUCUACUAAAUAAAUAUUCCCUGAAAACUGUUGAUAAUGUGUUCUGAGUGUACUACUAUAUUAUCUGGAGUGAAAGCAAUAUAAAUGCUGCUGAGUGUUGUUGUUUUUUUAUGCUGUGAGCAUCACAAAUGAAAUGCCAUGCUAAACUGGGUAUGUGUGGAGCAAUGUUUGCUUGAUUGACAGAUGUCUCGGCCUUUCACAGUCAGCCCUGGUGAUUACCUCAACUCCAUCCAGGUCCCUCCACAUCGCCCAAAUUCAGAUUGUUAGGCUUCAAAUGACUGACAGGCUGGCAUUAAGCAUUAAACUCAAAUCUUGGGUUCAAGACAUCCCUUUAGAAACUUAUGGCUGAUGCCACAGACAUGUUUUCUACAGUCUGUGGUCCAGUUGUGACGCAAUAUACACCGAAAAGACAAGUGUAACCAAGUCGAAAAGCCCUAAAACCAAUAGUUUCCACAUAUAUAGAGUUUAUUUGCCACUGGGACUGUAUGUUGAACAUUUACUUUUUAAAGGUGUCAAAUCGCCCAACUUAAACAGCCUUUAAAUUAUUUAUUGGCACAACUGUCAUAGCCUGCAUAUGUGUGCUUCUUUUUAGACAAAGUUCUCAUGUUAUUGUUAUUACUGACAAAAGGCAGAGAUUGUAUUUGUUGGAAGUUGCUGCUUGAAUGCCCUAAAGCCUUAUAAGAUAAUGAAUAGCAAUUAUUAAGACAUAUUUAUAUUCAAUUCCAAUAAGACCAAUAAGCAACGUUAAACAAUCGGAAAUAAAGUGGCUGAUAACUACAAUGUCGAAUUCGUAAAGGAGCACAAUUAAUGUAUUGUGUUCUUGGUACCAAACAUUUACCAAACCCGCUGUGUUGCUGCUGUGAUUGUCUUUCCUGAACAUUGAACCAUUGAUGGAAGUAGGAAAUUUGGGUUUGGAACCCAGGCAAACCACAUGUUUGCAGCCAUGUAUAGAAAACAAAAUUACUUGUUAAGUGUUUGAACCGUGGUGUUUCAGAAAGGAUACUUUAACCCUUUUUUUCUUUUAGGUGUUCUCAUUUCAAAAAAAGAAAAAGAAAAAAAAAGAAAUCUAAAGAUGAUAGCUAACCCUUAAGGGCUUUUUGAGUCCCCAAUCCAACAUUAUUACGCUGUUGUACAAUGUCUGGUUAAAAUGAAAAAUAUCUCCUUUUUGUACUGUAAUGGGAAUGAACAGAAGAGCAGUGUGGUUGUACAAUAUUUAAACACGUGAAGGAAAAUGAUGCAGUUCUCUACUAAUUCGUGGUCAUGGCUUUUAUUGUGAAGAAGAAGAAAAAAAAUUGUUACUUUGGGCGCAAUUACCUAAACUGCUUGGUCCUUUUCUGGGCUUAGCCACAAUCUGGUUUCUCAGUCGAUCCAUAGAUCCCUCUAAGCUCUAGCUGACUCAUGUCCAAUUCAACAUCUGACACUCCAGUAAGGGCAUCAGCUCACUUGCUCCAAGUAGGCCUAACGGUAGUCUUUUUGAAAGUAAAACUGUUUGAAAACUGUUGUUGUAGAAAUAAGCUUUGUAUGGCAGCUUGUUGCCCAGCUUGAAAGCCCAGUGUAAACAGAUGAUAAAUUGGGACAAUCUGGGUAAUGAAGCUGUCAACCCAAAAUUGUUUGUUGUUCUGUGAUUAUUUUAAUAGAAAAUGACUAUGAAUCCUUCACUGUGUGCAGUCUCUAGACUGUAAUAUUCCCAGUUUACCCAAAGUUAAGCCUCUGCUGACAACACACUGGAUACUUGUAUAUAUGUUUAGUUUGUUUCCGAUGCAUUUCUCUUUUCAGACUGUUGUCGUCAUAGUUUGACACUAGAAUCUCUCCUUCUUGCCUUUCUUCCCAUAUAAAUCUGAUUACCUGAUGGUGGGUUGUGAUGUUGCCUAGAAUGAUUGUUUACAAUUUUAUUCCAUUUAUCUCUGGAUAUUCUGUAAAUAUUGUAAUUCAUUGUCUUUUUUUAACUUGAUAAUAAAGUUAUCAGAUAACGGUUAA